GAUGAAGGGUUUGAGGGUUUAAGUAUGAGUUGCAUUAUAUUGAUGAGUUUCACUUUUCCAAGAAACCAACCAGUCUUCACGUACUGAUAGCAGCUGCAGUAGCCGCCGUGAUUAGGCACACCAAAUAUCAGCAAUUCCAUCUUUACGCUUACUUGCUCCCUCUUUAUUUUUUCAUUCACAAAAACUUAAACUCCACAACUCACCCUCGACCUCAGAUCACUCAAAACCUUCAAUUCGUUCAAAAAAAACUCUGAUCUGUCUUUCUCCUCAGAUCAGAUCAGAAUGGAUUUUAUGAGCUACGCUUUUGAAGGAAGCAGUGGUCUUGAAUUAGCCGCCGCAGCAGAAAGUUUGACAGGAGGGAGUGGAAGACUUGUUGUGAAUGAAAGGAUGAACUUAAAGUCAUUAUUUUCUCCUCAUCAUCAUCAGAUUCAUGAUCAUGACGAAAGCCCUAAUCAUGAAGGCGCGGCGGAGUUCAUGGAAUUCGGUUUGCCGCAACCACCUGUAUGUGUUGAUCCAAGCUUAAGAGUUUCAAGUAGCGACAAGGAUUUGGCUGAAAUGAUGCUAUCGUCGUCGUCUCAUCCGCCGCCUGUAACGGUUUUUGGCCGGAUUCCGGCACCGGACAUGGAAGUCGAAGAAGCAGCAGCAGCAGCUUGCAAUUGGCUUCCCCGCUAUCACAAUUGGAAAACAUCAUCGCUCAAUUUGAUGAGAUCAGAAGAAACCGAUAAUCAAUCCUUGUUUAAAGGAGCCCUCCAAACUACAAAUUUCGAAUCUGCGGCUAUUCCGGUGAACAAGAGGUCAGUUGAUUGCAAUAAAGUGAAGAGCGGUCAAAAUUCAAAAGAGAAAUUGGGGGAUUUGUCGCCAUCAAUGGAAGAAGCUGCUGCUACUGCAGAAACUUCAUCGGCAACAGUAGUGAAAAGGGCGAGGAUCACGAAUUUGAGUAGUUCCAAUUCUCACCCUCCUAUCUGCCAAGUUCAUGGUUGUUUCAGGGACUUGAGCUCCUCAAAAGACUAUUACAGAAGGCAUCGAGUGUGUAAUGAACACUCCAAGACUACAAAAGUCAUUGUUGAUGGCAUUGAGCAGCGUUUUUGCCAGCAAUGUAGCAGGUUUCAUUUGCUGUCAGAAUUUGAUGAUGAUAAACGAAGUUGUCGCAAGAGCCUUGCCGGCCACAAUGAACGCCGACGAAAGCCUCAAUUUGAUACUCACCAUGGUCCAAGGUUCUUCGAUAUGACAACCUUGCAGACAGAGCAAUUUUUUUUACCAGAAUUACUCCCUGUCAAUUACUUCUGUCAAGAGCUAGAGAACACUAGCAGCAUCAGGUCCACCAAAACGGACGAGAAGCACAUCUCUUUCUCCAAGCUAGGAGCGCCCAAAAAGUCCAAGACCCAUGGUACGCAAAAACCAGAUUAUCUCAUUCAAGAAUUCCCCACUGGUGAAAAUCCCAGUAGUUGUGCUCACUCUCUUCUCUCUUCCCACCCAGAAAUCCCUGCAAACAUUCUAGCUUCGGAUUGGGAUCUCGGCUUGUGCUCUGGAGUCCUUGAAAUGGAAGGGAGAAGAAGUGGGUAUGAUGCUGUUGAUGGAACCAUGAUGAGCGUUUAUUAUGAAGGUGAAAUGGAUGAGAAUUCUGAAUCUGCAGAAAAUGGACCGACCAUUGAUUUGGAGCAGCUGUCUACCCAUCUCCAAAGGGUGGAACACCAAAGAAAUUUAUCUGCUCAAACCAAGCAGCUGGAGAGUAAUAAUCUCUUCUACUGCUUUACUAGCGGGUAAUUAACCUAUCAUGAUUUUGGAUUUGAAAUGUCUAUUAUAUUAUUACUUUGAAAGCACACAUGUUUUGGUAUACUAUGGCAUCAAACACUCAUCUAGCUAGAUGCCUAUGCUAAGAGAAUUAAGAAAGGCAAGUUAAUUAGGUAACUGUAUUCUUUGAUUUGUUGAUUUCUAUUAUAUUUUGUAUAUCAUCAUUUGAUCAUACAUAUAUAUAUACAAAGGAUAAAAUACUAUGAAGUAUGGGAUUUCAUGCUUUAUAUUUUGUAA